CUCGACUGCCUCUGGAUUCCCCACUUGUGUCGUGUGCUCGGAUGACUACUGUGAAGUAAACCCUCCUCGGCUGCUGACAUGUGGUCACGCUUUCUGUACUUCUGCCUCAAAGAUCUUGAGAUGAACAAUAGCUACGCAUGCCCGCAGUGCCGCAAAGUUCGCAACAAAGGAAGUUGCUCUAAACUUCCCGUUGUUCUGACUCUGAUCCAUCAGAAAAAUGCGAAAAAUAAAGUCUCUCCCAGGGACCCACCUACUAAAGUCCUGGAAAAAGUUGAACGCUUGCAACAGGAUAAAAUGCGACGCCCGUCAACUUCAAUUAAUUCCAACACAAAAACUAUUGAAGUGCAUGUUCAAGACCCCCGUGGACAGACGCAUACGUUCAACGUGGACCCAAGGACGGAGACUGUGCUGAGGUUGCGGGAGCGCAUGCCAAAUCGUCCGGACGAUUGUCGCUACCUGACAUUUGAAAAUCGUACCCUGGAGAACCAACGCCUGUUGGCGGAAUACAACCUUCGUCCGCACUGCACGAUCCAUGAACGGGGGCGUUUGUCGGGUGGAUGCUAUUAAAUACAGAA